UCUCUUCUUCCAUCUUCAUCUGCAAUACAUCCCAUGGACUUGAAUAAACUUCUUGUUACACCGAUAUUGCUAUCUCUUCUCACCUAUCAAACCUAUGUAGCCACAGGAUUGGAUGAUGAAGAUUUCUUCAAAAGAUGUCCAUCACACCGAUGCAGCAACCAUGGGCCGGAGAUCCGGUUCCCAUUCUGGCUUUCAACCCACCCACCAGCAUGUGGCACACCUGGCAUGCAGUUAUCAUGCUCCGGGGAUGACAUAAUCCUGGAUCAUCAUGUUCUUGGCUCCUGCAAAGUGACCGCGAUCUAUUACAGGCACCGCGUCAUCAACGUAACCCCUCUUGUGGAACCAUUGACGCAAUGCCCACUUCAGAAGCUCAUGUCAGCAAACUUAGCAACUGAUGUGUACACACAACCUCAAUCAUCAGAAGUUACGACCCUGAACACCUUCCGUGAAAAGGCAAAUACAGUCCUCAGUUUUGGUGAAACAACAUUCACUUGGCAUCUCAGUAACAUUACAGAUGCCUGCCAACGGUGUGAACAAAAAGGUCGACACUGUGGAUUCAGCUCGCAAAGGCGACAAGCUUUUUGCCAGCACCAUGGUAGGCAUGUCAUCCGAAUUGCAGCAUCAUCUGUCACAGCAUUUGUACUUCUUUCAUCAGUGGUGACCACCGCACUCUAUUUCUCCUUAAAGUCAAGGUAUAAUGAAGAAAUAAGUAUGAAGGUCGAAAUGUUCCUCAAGGCAUACGGCUCAUCCAAACCCACAAGGUACACUUUCCCAGAAGUUAAGAAGAUAGCAAGACGGUUCAAGAAUCAACUAGGCCAGGGUGGAUUUGGAAGUGUAUACAAAGGAGAGCUACCAAAUGGAUUGCCUGUGGCAGUCAAGAUGCUAGAUAGCUCUACAGGAGAUGGAGAGGAAUUCAUCAAUGAAGUUGCAACCAUAGGACUAAUUCACCAUACAAAUAUUGUCCGCCUCUUGGGCUUUUGCUCUGAAGGAAUGAGGCGGGCUCUUAUUUACGAAUUCAUGCCUAACGAGUCACUCGAGAAAUACAUAUUCUCUCAUGUUUCCGAUACUUCCCGACAACUCCUAGCACCAAACAAAAUGCUAGAUAUUGCUUUAGGUAUUGCACGAGGAAUGGAAUACCUACAUCAAGGGUGUAACCAGCGAAUUCUCCACUUUGACAUCAAGCCACACAACAUCCUGCUGGACUACAACUUCAACCCGAAGAUUUCAGACUUUGGCCUUGCAAAGCUGUGUGCAAGGGACCAAAGCAUCGUUACCUUGACAGCAGCCAGAGGCACAAUGGGCUACAUCGCACCAGAGCUAUACUCUCGGAACUUUGGGGGGAUAUCCUACAAGUCGGACGUGUACAGUUUUGGCAUGCUGGUGCUGGAAAUGGUGAGCGGAAGAAGGAACUCAGACCCAGGUGUCGAGAGCCAGAACGAGGUUUACCUCCCAGAGUGGAUCUACGAGAGAGUAAUCACUGGCCUGGACUUGGCACCUCAAAGGGAAACAACGCAAAGUGAGGACGAAACGGUGAGAAAGCUAGCAAUUGUGGCACUUUGGUGCAUCCAAUGGAGCCCAAGAAACAGGCCCUCGAUGACGAAGGUGGUGAACAUGUUGACAGGGAACUUGCAGAACCUACAGAUGCCCCCCAAGCCGUUUGUUUCAUCUGCAAGCAGUCUGAUGCAGUAG